AUGAAAUCUGGAGCGUCUUUUGUGGUCCUUCUUGCAGCCGUUGUCGUGGCCUUCAACCACGUCGACGCCCAAACGCAGCGGAACGUGUAUAGAUGCCCAAUGGCCGAAUGCCCCGACGCAAAUGAAAAACUGACCCAGUGCUGCCGCCAAUCGUGGACUGGGGAUUUUAGUACGUGCUGUCACUACAGCUGCGUGUACAACAGUCCAUGCGAGAAAUGA